UCGAUCUCGCCUUUUUCUAUAUAUGUUGCACUUAAUUAAGAUACGGUCGAUAAUUGAUGAGCAUCUUAAUAACAUGUAAUCAUUGGUUUUGCCACCACUAGCAACAUUAAUUUGUUUAUUCAAUUUUUUUAAAUGUUUACAUUGAAGAGGUAAAAGGAAAUUUAUUAAAUUUCAUAAAAAAAAUAAAAAAAAAAAAAGAAUAAGAGAAUUGAAUAUCGAUAAACUAGCUUUUGCAAGGAAAAUGUCUGGAUUUAUUGCUGUUCAUACGGGUGCUGGUAAUUGCGUUGAUGAAACGAAAUAUCAACGUGUCAUUAAGGAGGCUUGCGUUCGGGCUACAGAUAUCCUUAAAAAUGGUGGAAGUGCAAUGGACGCCUGUGAGGCGGCUAUUAUGCGCUUAGAAAAUUGUGGGAAUACGAACGCCGGUUUCGGUUCAAAUCUAUGUUGGGAUGGUUAUGUGCAGUGUGACGCUUCAAUUAUGAAUGGAAAUAAUUUGCAUUUUGGUGCCUGCACUAACGUAACAACGGUUAAAAAUCCCAUUCAGUUAGCUCGCGUAAUUUGUGAAGGACAAGAGCGAAUGUUAUCCAUGGAACGUAUACCGCCCAUGGUUAUGGCCGGUCAAGGUGCCGAACGAUAUGCCGAAGAAAUGGGCUGCGCUAUGAUUGAGCCCAGCGCGUUAAUUUCAUCAAAGGCAAAGUUCUCCUAUAAUCAUUACAAGUCCAAAGUGGCUAAACUGACCAAAUCAUCCAGUCCAAGUGCGGAAGGCACUGUGACACCCGAUACCAGCAGUGCUUUGGACACAGUAGGCGCGGUAUGCGUUGACAGUACUGGAAAUUCAGCAGCUGGCUGCAGUUCAGGUGGUUUGCUCUUGAAAGUGCCUGGUCGCGUUGGUCAAGCAGCCACAUACGGUGCUGGCUGCUGGGCUACAGACACAGACGCUGCUUCGGUAGCUACUUGUACCACAGGAAACGGGGAAUAUCUAAUGAAAACAUUUCUGGCCAAAGAAAUCUGUACUGAUCUUUUCACUACCGAAUGCGCUGUCACAAGUUUGCAUAAAACAUUCAAAACUAAAUUCCUAGAAUCCCCCUUUCUACCUGCCCACCAAGAUUUAUACGGUGGCGCACUUUCCGUUAUCUAUUAUCCCAAAAAUGGUGGAGGCGAAGUACUUUGGAGCCAUACAACUAAAUCGUUUUGCGUCGGCUACAUGUCAACACAACAGAAGAUGCCAAAAUUUGUGUAUUCGCCAUUACCAACGUAUAGUCUCCCGGGAAAAUCGAGUGUGGUCAACGGACACAAUUUCCAUUUACGUAUAUAGUUGACGAUGGUGACGAAAUGAAUGUUUGUCUAUUUUAAUUUUUGAAUGUUAGUGAUGUGUGAAUGUAUUAUUACAUUUGUCGGAAUCGAUGUGGACAUUUAUAUGUGCUCAUAUCGUUGUCGUUUUGAACGCAAGCAAUGUAUUCUUUAAGAUUAAAAUUUAAAUUCAUUUAAUGUAACUAAAAUCCUAUAAAUAUAACUACACAUGAACGAACACACCAUCAAUGUAUACUUGGAUAGACAAAUGCACACAUGCAUAUACACUUGGAUAUCGUCGUCAUCGUACACUUAAUAAUUAUUAGUUCUGUUCGUAGGCUAAAAAUUAUGAAUUAAUGUUUUUUAAUAGAUUCAACUGCAUUUAGUAUAAUAAUUGCGCUAUUUGCA